GCUGUUUGCACUGCGGCUCAGCGGCGCGUUGACAGAAAUGGGGUGGGGUGGGACGAAGUCGCUGCUGGUUCCGAUGGCAGUGAAACAUACCGUGGGCAUGCUUCAAAGCAAUGCACAGGAAGUAAGGGCCGGCAUGUUGCGGUUAUUAGUCACGUUCAAAACACAGGGUGUGUUAGGCCACGCGGAGGUGGAUAUGGUAUGGAGACAACGAGUGGGGCAAUGGGCUGUUGAGAGGCUUGACGGCUUCCAACUGUCCGAAGAGCAGGUGGAAGAAAUGCACGACAUCUUAGCUCUAUCUCCGCUUCUCCCGACAAUGGCGCCGUCCCUCGUCAGCAUAGUCGAGAAGGUAUUAAUUACCAACGACCCUAAAGCAGACUACGCAGCAUCACCCGCGAACGCGGCAUGGGUUCUGCGUUCGUGUAUGUCUGCGCUCGUAAAACGGGAUAAGACAGACUGGGAACCGGAUAAAUAUGUGUCGUGUUGGGUAAGAAAAGUGGUGGAGAAAUGGUCAUGGUCGGAAGUUGCACUGGAGGGCGUUGUAAAACUCACGAAGUCAAGUACAUCGAACGACGCGAUCCCGGUAGAUGAAGUGCUCGCCUUCCUUCAAGACUCCCUUCUGUCACAUUCGCAUGCCCUCCGGGUGAACGCGCUUCGUCUGCUUACGUCCGAGGUCGUCGAAAGGGCAAGGUAUAAGGACGUUCUGGACAGAUGUCUGCAAUGCGACGAAGUGCCCGCCGACGUGUCCGGUGUGCGGGAGCGUGUCCUACGCAUGGGCCGCCUCAGCCAGGUGUUGAAGGACGAUGACAAAACCGGAGCGGAGAUCUGUGCAAGAUGGCUCGUAGCCCAGUUGAAGGUGAACCUACGUCCCCUGUGGGUUCCAGCUGCACAAGCUCUGUCGCAGCUGGCUCAACGGUUUGAUGAUGCUACCUGGAAAGUGCUAUUCGGCCAGCUUCGGACUGUUUCGACUGGGGCAGCAGAUGAAACAAAACCAGCUUGGACACGUUCAGACAGCGACGAAGAUCCGGAUGACGUCCGCGAGGAAGAACACUCUUGGCGCGAUCCUUCGGCCUUCAAGCUCCGUACAACUCUUUAUAUUUGGCUUUUCGGCAAACCAGUGCGGAAGGCGAUUGUUAAGUCUCAAACCCCCAGAGACCGCUUCGACCCGACGAGUUAUGAGACGCAGUUACUUUCCACCCUUGGCAGCUGUCCCUGGUUGGCGGAGAAACACAAUCGGGAGCUCGUACCCUUCUUCUUGUCGUUAUCGGGGACAGAUGAUUCUUCUCGCUUACCGCGCCAAAAGCUCGCACCCUGGCUGACGUUGUUUGCCGAGUUCAAGAACCCCAAGGCUCUAUCUUCUACCGACACCUUACAUUCACUCUACGUCUCCUUGCUUUCGCAUCCGGACCGCUCAAUUCAGUCCGCUGCUCUAUCAUGUCUCCUUACGUAUAGGUCACCUCAUCUGCUCCCCUACGAGGACACGUGCCGAGCCCUCCUCGACGAUACCCGAUGGCGGGAUGCUCUUUCUGGGCUCAAUAUCGCGGAAAUCGAGGCUCAGAAUCGUGUUGAGGCCGUCGAUCUCAUAGUCCGCCUUCUUUAUGGCGUGAUGCUAGAGAAGAGAGGACGUGCUCGUGGCGCCGACCGGAGAGCAGCUACCCUGGGAGCAUUGGCAGGCUGCACAGACGACGAACUCCGACUCGUUGUCGACCUUAUGCUCAAACCGAUCCAGCCAGUACGCCUUACAACAUCAAGCGAGAACUUCGUUAUAAUGCCCCUACCGCCCUCAGUGGCAGAAAGACAGCAAGUUGGUUUUUUGACCCUGUUGGGUGAUCUCUUGAAGUACCUUGGUUCGCGUAUCGUGCACACCUGGCCGGCCUUGAUUGGAUCCACUAUGGACAUCCUUGCGGAUGCUGAAAAGCGUAUCAACGCCGUGACUGCUGAAAUAGACGGGGAGGAUAACGAUGUGGAGGAUAUAGCGGAGGAUGCCGAGGACAUUGCCACAGACGCGAAAUUCACGAAAGUGCGGAGAUCGAUACGCCAGCUCGGGCUUAAGCGCUUCGGGGAUUUCUUCCGCACCCCCUCACAAUUCGACUUCACGCCGUAUCUUCCUGCGGCGUUCAAUUUCUUCAUCUCCAACCGACUCCCAGUGCUUGACAGGGAAAACACCCAAGCGCCUUCUGCGCUGCUUGAUUUGUUUUACGUCUGGUCCAAACAGGCAGAAUAUGCCAGGUUCCUGGUGUCUUUCGAUGAUCGGGUAUUACCCAAAGUAUACGCAUGCCUGGUGGCCACGAAUGUGAAGCCUGCGGUAGUUUCCCGCAUCUUCGACAUCGUGGAAGCGCUUUUAGCGCUAUCCAACGAGGAUGGAGAGCUGAAACGGUUGGUCGUAGAACCCCACGUAUCCCUGCUGCUGUCCAAUCUUGCCUCGCUCGUACAGCGGACCAAGGACUUCACAACUGUCUCCGGUCCGCUACCACACCGACAGAUUAGCAUCUUAUCAGAGGUCGCGCCCUUCAUCCGAGACAGUCCCCAGGCAUCCACCCUCCUUUCACUGUUCUUGCCGCUGUUGCGCAAGCCGUCUAAAUCGGUCAACGAGAAGAUCAAGACAAACAUGCUCAGGAUUGUCGACCAUCUUUUAGCGUUCGUCCCGGAAUUGGUUGAUCAUACUACUGCGGUGGCUCAGAAGACCCUUGAGGUCCUUUCUGAACUUUUCCAGAGCAUGAGGUCACGACCUGGUCGACUAGCUCUCCUAUCGACGUUGCGUCGCCUCGCCGACGUGGACGAAUCGUUGGUCAGGGUUGCGGAUCUACUUGAGUCUAUGAAUGCUUUCAGUAAGAAACGGCUAGAUGAACCCGACUUCGACCGUCGCUUGACCGCAUUCGCGACAAUGAACGAAGAGGCUCAUGCUACGCUGACUGCUCGCGAGUGGUUGCCUAUCCUCUACAACUCCCUCCACUUCAUUCAGGAUCCCGAAGAGCUCGCCGUCCGGAACAAUGCAGCGCAGUCCCUGAAGCGGUUCAUAGAUUUGUGUGCUAAUGCAGAGCUUACUACGGAUCUGGGCCAUGUCAUGGUUCGCGUCCUCUUCCCCGCACUCAAGAACGGCCUGCGUACGAAGAGCGAGAUGGUCCGCGCUGAAGUGCUCUCGGUGAUGGCGCACGCUGUGAAGAACCGUCUGGCAAUCAAGGCCCUUCAGGAGAUGCAACCGCUCUUAGCCGACGGGGACGAGGAGGCGAGCUUCUUCACAAAUGUCCUGCAUGUUCAGAUUCACCGUCGCACGAGAGCGCUGCGUCGUCUAGCGGAGUCUUGCGCCAAAUCGCAACUGAGUAGUUCAACGCUUGCUGACAUAUUCGUCCCUCUCGUUGGCCACUUUAUCACCUCCCCAGCGACCACGGACCAUCACCUCGUGAACGAGGCCAUCACAACUACGGGACAUAUGGCGGAGCAGCUGAAUUGGGGGCCCUAUUUCUCUCUGGUUCAAAGCUACCUCCGGCUUGUGCGGCUCAGGGAUGAAUCCGAGCGGGUGUACGUGCGGACGGUCGUAUCGAUCCUAGAUCAUUUCCACUUCCCCAUGGACCAAGUUCUUCCGCAACCGGAACGCGCCGCCGAGGACGUCACCCUCAUGGGGGAAGAGGCCGAGGCUGAGACCGCCAUACAGGCUGCCGAGGACAGAAAGGUCAUCCAACAAGCAGACCGCAUCGCGGACGCCGUUACCUCGCGUCUUCUUCCCAGUCUCCUCAAACAUCUGGAAACGAGGAACGAAACGGAAGACAGUCUCCGUAUCCCGAUCUCGAUCGGUAUCGUCAAGGUAGCGAUUCAUUUACCUCGUGAAGCGCGAGAGCCUCAGGUCCUGCGGCUCUUGACGGUCGUGAGCCAGAUCCUCCGCAGCAAAUCCCAGGAAACGCGUGAUUUGGUUCGCGAGACGAUGUGCCGCAUCGCCGUCAUCCUUGGCGGGGCAUAUCUUCCUAUCAUCUUUCAGGAGCUGCGCACAGCCCUCGUUCGCGGUCCGCAGCUCCAUGUCCUUGCCGCUGUGACACAUACACUCCUCGUUCAUGUUACCUCACCCGAACACGUACAAUCGUUUGAUCCCCUUGACGAAUGCGUCGAUCACGUAGCGCACAUAUCCGCCGAAGUGGUCUUCGGCGAAUCCGGCAAGGAUGUUCAACAUGAGGAUUUCAAGACGAAGAUGCGUGAGGUUCGGUCAUCCGCCAACAAGGCUCUCGAUUCCUUCGGGAUCAUAUCCAAGUUUAUCACCCCACCCAAGAUCAGCAGAGUGUUGCUCCCAGUCAGAGACAUCAUGCAACAAACUGAAGCGCUCAAAGUCAUGAAUCAAUGCGAAGACGUGCUCCGACGAGUGGUGAUUGGCCUCAACGCCAAUUCGCACCUGGUCCCCAAGGAACAGCUCGUCUUGUGUCACACCCUCAUCAGCCAGAAUGCGCGUUUCCUUACGGAGCGGAAGUCUGUGACGAAAUCGAAGAAAGGCAAUCAGCGUGCUAUUGUUCAGCUGAAACGGAAGGUCACGAUUGACACUGAUCACUAUGCAAACAAUGCAUUCCGUUUCGUUGUGCUUGGCCUUGAUUUGUUCCAUACUGCGUUCAAGCGUAGUCGAUUCGAUUUCCAUGACCCGGAGAUCAUCGCGCGCUUGGAGCCGAUGGUGAAGGUGAUUGGGAAUACGCUCUAUUCAUCCAACAGCCAGGUCCUGGUUCUUGGCCUCAAGGCGUCUGCAGCAAUCGUGCGCUGUCCCUUGAAAUCUCUGGAGAAGUCGACGCCGGUGUUCGUCAAUCAGAUCAUCGAUAUACUCAAGCAGGCAGGGAGCACCGAAUCCGACGUGGCCCAGACCGCAUUGAAGUCCCUGGCGAGUAUGAUACGUGACUGCUCUUCAGUCCACGUGAAGGAGAAGGACCUAGUCUACCUACUCGAGUUGCUGGAGCCAGAUCUCGAAGACCCUGACCGCCAGACAGCCGUCUUCGCAAUGCUUCGCGCUAUCGUAUCGCGCAAGUUUGUCGUUCCCGAGAUUUACGACAUGAUGGAGAAGGUUUUGGAGAUCAUGGUCACCAGUCAAUCGACGCAUGUCCAGGAGUUGUGUCGAGGGGUUCUGCUUCAGUUCCUCCUGGAUUAUCCUCAAGGCAAGGGCCGACUACGGAAACAGAUGACAUUCUUGGCCAAAAAUCUCUCCUAUAUUUACGAGAGUGGUAGAAAAUCCGUUAUGGAGCUCCUCAGUGCGGUCUUGGCGAAGUUCGAUGCCGCACUCAUUCAAGAAUAUCUGGAGCUUCUGUUCGUUGGCCUUGUCAUGGUCAUUGCCAACGACGAUUCCUCGAAAUGUCGCGAAAUGGCUGCGGAGCUGAUCAAGAAUCUGCUCGCUCGCCUUGACGAAGAUCGGCGGCGUCUGAUCAUAUCGCAUCAACAUUCGUGGGCCGCCCAGCGUACCAACCUCCGACUAUGCAGCGUGUCGGCUCAGAUAUGCGGGCUGGUCCUGGACAGCUUCCAUCAAGACACGGCUCCCUACCUUGCAUCGUUCCUCGAGGAUUUAGUUGCCCUUCUACAAUUGAGUGCGGAGCGUAUGCAGGGGGAUGGCGAUGAAGAAGACUGGAAGACACCUUACCACGUCCUCGUCGUCCUAGGGAAGGUGUUCCGCGACUUCCCGGAUCGAAAGGAUUCCAUCAGCGUUAUUCCGUGGGAUUCAGUUGCGGAGCACUUGCUUUUCCCCCAUGCUUGGGUUCGGCUGGCCGCAUGUCGCCUGAUAGGCGUGCUGUUCUCUGUCCGGGCGGAGCUACUAGAAGACGUCGCCUUCGACGGCUUCGUGCCUAUAUCGGAAAGCGGCCUCAAGUCCAUCGCGGAGAAACUGUGCGAGGACUUGAAGAGCGACCAUCUGGACUCUCCAAUGAGCCUUCAGGUAGUCAAAAACUUGUUCUUCGUCGGCAAGCGUUUCUGCGAACGGCCGCUCCCGUCUCCCUCAGAAUCCGACUCCCCUGAAGCAGAAGAAGACGACCGUGAAGGUGCCGAUGACGAGAUCGACGAACCGGAAACAUCUGUGAAAGACGAUCAUCCACUGCCAUGGCUGUUCUCGAAACUGUCAUAUCAAUGCCGCUCCGCCCAUAUCGCUCGACGUAACACAUCCUCGGUCUCGGAACACUGGUUCGAACAACCAACUGCGAUCCUAAAGUGGUUCGCAGCGAUGGCAUCUCAUAUGGAGCCUGCACUACUUUCACGGUUCCUCACACAUAUUCUCUCGCCGGUAUAUCGCAUCGUGGACGACGACACGAUACGGGAUCCACAUAUGGAUGAACUCAAAACAUUAGCGAUCGAGCUGCAGGACCUCGUCCAGGCCAAAGUUGGCGUUACGGCAUUCACGACUGUCUACAACCGGAUACGGCAAAGCGUUCUAGGCGUGCGAAGGGACAGGAAGGCAACGCGCGUUAUGCAGGGAACGAUCAACCCGCAAGCCGCGGCGAAACGCAAGGCCGCGCGCAACGAAAAUAAGAAGGACUCUCGUAAACGUAAAGCGUAUUCGUUCAAAGACAAGCUAUUUCGAGGGUCGAAGAGACCCCGAACCCACUGAGUUCUGAGUUCUCAUCCUGACCUUUUGAACACCUUCCGAUCGAAUCUCGGCGAAUCGCCUACGCAUGCAUAUUACUACCAUAAUACCAAUCGG